AAUAACUGCUUCUUAGAACGACGAUUUUUUUAACAACCUUUUGAACCGAUGAGACUCUUGAACGGUCGGCUGAAAAAUUGCUUCCAAUUAAAAAAAAAGAAAACAAUCAGUAAUUGACUUACUUACCAGAGAUCACGACACCUAAUCACGUGCACAAACCUGACAUUUCAUAACUUAGGACAAACCCCAUAACGACGACGACGACCAUGAUGAUUAUGAUAAUAAUGAUGAUAAUGAUGAUAAUGAUGAUUACGAUGAUGAUGACGAUGAUGAUGACGUCGACGACGACGGACGAAGACGACGAGGAGGAGCAGGAAGAGCAGGAGUAGGAAGAGGAGCAGGAUGAGGAGGAGGAGCAGGAUGAGGAACAGGAGGAGAAGCAGGAGGAGGAGCAGGAGGAGGAGCAGAAGGAGGAACAGGAGGAGGAGCAUAAUACAUGUACAAGAUUCAAGAUCAGUUUCAAAGUAUACUGCAGUUGUAGGAGAUACCGUAACGCUUAAUUGCCCAGAAAAUUCAAAGAAUUCAGUUACAUGGCAUGGGCCUGAAGACUACUUUCCAUAUAGUGAAGAUGACAAAAUUAACCCUGCACUUAUCAGCAAAAAUAUUGAUAUAGUUGGGAACCAUAGCAAGGGAGAAUAUAAUUUAGAAAUUCUCAAUGUAUCGUAUGCAAACCAAGGGAAUUACCGAUGUAGAGUAUUAAACAACAGAGCAGUGGAAUAUGAGAUAUCGCUGGUUGUCAAAGAUAAACCAUCAACAGAUAAAGAACUAAUGGCCAAUGAUGAACCAACAGAAACAUAUGAGGUAGUCAACUAUCCUGACAAUCCCCUCCAAAAUACCAAAGCUCAGACUGACUACAGUUUCAACAAUUUAAACGUCAGCAUUCAUAAUAAAGGCUGUACAAACGAAUUUCAAUUCAUUAUCGUAUGCAUAGCCUCUUCAGUUGCAGUUGUGAUUGUCAUCGUUACUUUACUUGGUAUUGUAUUAUCACAAUAUUACAAGACAAAAUACAGAAAACAAGAUCUUCCAGAAAUCGAAAUUACAAAUGAUUACGAAGAAAUCGAUAGCACGAAUAGUGACGUAACACAGGAUGCACACAUCAUCAUCAACCCAAGACAGGAGAGUCAUAUCUCAACAAUCAGAAUAGAAGAAAUAAACAGUCCAUCAGAUGCCAUAAUUAUUGACAAAAAUGCUUCAAAAUGCCUAACACAAUCUACGGAUGAAGAUACUGUUCAUUCAACCAACUGGCAUAGUUCGAUAUAUUAUGAAAACGAUACUUUUAGUUGUUAUACAGAUGAAAAGGAUCGAAAUGAUUACCUUCAUCCGUAUGUCGGACUAGGACCACAGGACUACUUAAGUCCAUACCAGUCACUUCAGUUACAACAGAAUGAUACAGAGAAAUAAGCUCAUUGCACAUAUGUUUGGUACAUAUUACGAGGAUAUCAUAGUUACUUUAUAUAUAUAUCUAUUUCUCUAAUUUUUCGUCAAAUUAUCCCUUUC